CAUGCCCGUCGGGCAGCGCUGACUCGGGCUUCACUCUACCUCUAGGCAUCAGCAGUACUCUACACCACAGACGAUGAGCAAACGCCGGCGUCAGUGACCAUUCAAGGCCAUCAUACCUCUGAGUACAACACUUACUCAACAGCACGCACACAUUUGCGUCGAUAAGUUGACAGCAAAAAGGGCGACAAUUCUGCCAAGUACCUAGACGCCAAGCAGCUGGACCCACCCUUUGUUUACUUCCCCCUUUUCAACACCGAAACAUCACGACUCCACUUCCACACCCAAACUUUCAAUAUGAGGGUGUUGAAGGCCGGUGUCAAGCGCGAUGACUACAACUGGCGUCAGAUCCGUCCCGGAUUAUGGCAGCGCGAUGCCGACGAAGCCGAAGUGUUCUACUCAAGCCUGGCCAAGCUCUACGCAGGAUCCGGACGGAUGCACUUCGCCAUCACAGGCCACAUCUCCCUGACCAUCAGUGUCCCCAGCGAUGAAGAUCCGGAAAUCGUCUCUAGACGGCUUGACGAGUCUCUCCGCAUUGCCUGGCUCAGACAACGCUACGAGACUCCGACCAUCGCCUCAACCGUGCAUUACGACGCACUCGACGGGAAGUCGAAAAAGUCCUACCGAACCAUUCCCGACGACGCAUCGACAAAAGCAUGGCUUGAAAAGACCUUCCAGGUGAUAUCACCCGGCCAAACAGGCGAAGACUGGGCCAACUCUGAUCCACUCGCUCCAACCACAGCCACGCUGUUCGUCGUCUGUCCUGCAAUUGCAUCUCAGGAUUCAUCCACCAUCCGCCGCGACCUCAUCCUGCGCUCUCCCCACGACAUCAUCGACGGCAUCGGCACUCUCCACUUCCUCAACAGUCUCGUCACCAAAACCACCCAAGCCUUCACCGAGGGUGAAUUCUUUCGCGAGCUCCCCAUCUUCGACGGCUCCGAAGCAUCCAACCUCAGUCCGCCCUACCGGGUAGCCGCCAAUAUCCCCUCGACUCCAACUCCCGAGCACCAAUCCCGAUUAUCCACCAUCAAAGCCACAACCUCGCAACCCGCAAAUCCCGACGGACCCCUAUUUGUAGACAUCGGCAUCCCCUACACCCACGGUCCUCUCUUGCCUGGGAAACAUCAACGCAUAGCGCACUACCUCUCCCGCGAACGCACCUCGGCGCUCAUCACCUUUCUCAAGGAAUCACACCCUGGUACAACGGUGACGCACGCCUUUCACACCGCUACUGCCCUCACGCUGCGCAACAUGUAUACCUCUUUAAACCUCCCCUCUAUGUCCUCCACCUCCAGCUCCACCCCCAGCUCCAUGCCCGUUCCCGAACAAGAACAACAAGUCAUGAGAUACACCAACUACCUCCUCCGCAACGAACGCGCAGCCUGCCAGCCCCCCUACAACUCACCCUUACACUGCGUCUCAGUCUAUCACUCCCUACCCUCAACAAAGCUGCAAGUUGACAUGUCAUUUACACCCCCUACCACUUCCCAAGAAAAAAGAGCGGAAUUUGAAACAGUCUUGAACCAAAUCAAGGAUUAUUACACUUCCGUAAGGGACGACCCCCUGCAUUACGCUCUAGCCCCAGCCAUUUGGACAAACUGGACACCCGUCCUUCCUGAAGCGGUGUUGAAUGGGGAAGAAAAAAUGGAGGUGCCGAAGCCAAAGGAGGUGCCGAGCGUGAGCGUCUCGAGUAUGGGGGUUGUUGAUGGGAUUGUGAAGAGGGUGCAUGAUCUCGGAGAGGAAAGAGGAAUGAAGUUGGAGGUGCAGAGGCCGUGGGUGACGGGGGAGGAACUGACGAAUGGGUUGGGGGUGUUUUUGGGCUCGUUUGAUGGCGUCUUGUGUUUGAGUUGUGCGUAUAAUGAGGCGUGGCAUGAUAAGAAGGAAGUGGACGAGUUUCUGUGGGAGGUGGAACGGUUGGUUGGUGGUUGGGUGGAGGGGGUCGAUGGAUCCUGAUUGGAGUCAGACUAUACGAGGGAAAGGGGUCAGGAUUGAGAUGAGGGAGUCAGAGGUUCAGUUAUUCCUCUUCAAGUUCUCUCCAGUGCAGUACAGUGCAUUUUCACGGGUUCUGGUUCGUACCUUCCGCUAAAGUUCCCGCAGGUGCAGUGGUUGACAAGUUUUCAACAACGAGUUGUAGAUUUAGUGGAGAGAUUCCUUCGAUUGUGAA